GCAUUCUCAUUUCUCUGUGUCCAAUGAUGCCAUUGACACUGGAAGCCCCCGUUUUCAGAGAACAGAAAAACUUGAAACAAAUUUGUUCUCCCAUGUGUCCUGCCAAAGGUGCAACUGGAACUGAAUCAAAAUCUCCUUUCCCAAGUAUGAACUCAAGACGCUUCCACCUUCUGGUUCCUAGAACGACAAAUCCCAAACACCAAACCACUCUUUCCUGUCUCAAUCGCAAUCUCGCCUCAACUACCGUAUCUUCCGUUUCUGAAACGAACCCAUCAUUUCCAUAUCGUAAUGCAGAAGACCCAGCCAAAAACUUGCCCAAUCUAUUAUCAAACUGCACCAACAUUCUCCGCCUGGAUCAAGUUUAUGCCCACAUCGUCCGAACGCGCGUUCUCGCAGUUUACACGGCGCCGUUUCACUGGAACAACAUUAUCCGAUCCUACACCAGAUUCAAUGCUCCCAUUAAAUCACUUUACAUCUACGUUGCCAUGUCAAGAGCUGGACUCUUCCCCGAUUGUUACACUCUUCCCAUUAUCUUAAAGGCCACGUGUCAAUGUUUCGCUAUUAACUUUGGCCGUCAGCUUCACUCCAUGGCUAUAAAGAUCGGCCUUGAGUUACAUCAGUUUUGCGAGAGCGGUUUUAUCAACCUUUAUGCAAAAGCAGGGGAGUUUGAAAAUGCGAGGAAAGUUUUUGAUGAAAACCCGGAGAGAAAAUUGGGUUCUUGGAAUGCCAUCAUAGGAGGGCUUUCUCAAAGUGGGCGUGCUAAAGAAGCGAUAAAUAUGUUUUUGGAGCUAAAAAAAUGUGGGUUUUUGCCUGAUGAUGUGACUAUGGUUAGUGUGACAUCGUCUUGUGGUAGUUUAGGAGAUCUGGAGUUGGCUCUUCAGCUACAUAAGUGUGUAUUUCAAGCCAAAAGUUUGGAAAAAUCCAACAUUUUGAUGUUGAAUUCGGUUGUUGAUAUGUAUGGGAAGUGCGGUCGGAUGGAUUUAGCGUAUUUGGUUUUUUCCAGGAUGGAGGAAAAGAAUGUUUCUUCUUGGACGUCCAUGAUUGUUGGCUAUGCAAUGCAUGGUCAUGUUGAGAAAGCUCUUGAUAGUUUCCAUUGUAUGAGAGAGGUUGGGGUGAGACCUAACAAUGUUACAUUUGUUGGGGUGUUGAGUGCUUGUGUACAUGGUGGGAAAGUGGAGGAAGGCAAAUUUUACUUUGAUAUGAUGAAGAAUGGUUAUGGGAUAAGGCCAACUUUGCAGCACUAUGGGUGCAUGGCAGAUUUGCUUGGUCGAGCCGGGUUGCUUGAGGAGGCAAGGAAGAUGGUGGAGGAGAUGCCUAUGAAGGCAAAUGUGGUUAUCUGGGGUUGUUUGAUGGGUGCCUGUGAGAAAUUUGGGAAUGUGGAGAUGGGGGAGUGGGUGGCUAAGCAUUUGCAAGAGUUGGAGCCUUGGAAUGAUGGGGUUUAUGUCGUAUUGUCUAAUAUUUACGCUUCCAAUGGUUUGUGGCAAGAGGUCGAGAGGGUUAGAGGGAUCAUGAAGCAAAGGAAACUUGCCAAGACUCCUGGUUAUAGCUUGGCAACAAGUUCAGAUUGAGUUUGGUUGGUUGGAGUGCACUAAUCAUGUCAACCAUGAAUUCUUUAAAUUGCUUACAAAAUUUCCAAUUACAUUAUCGUGAA